GGGUGGGUAGGGGUGGGGCUGGAGCCUGAGCUGCUGGCUGCUCCUGCCAGCUGUGGAGAGUGCAAGGCCAGACCGCAGCCCCAGGGCCCCCAAGCCAGCUCCCCAUGAGCCACAGCGCCCCUGAGCCCCCGCUCAAGUUCGUGCAGGGCAAAGAUGAGAUAACUGACACAGGACUGAGGAAGGAGCCUGGGAUCCCCAGAACCUGGGCUUCCCAGAACCCCAGACACCUGGGACCACGGCGACUGGAGUUGGGGGACCAGGAGAGGGUGGUGAGAGGGGACGAGUAUGACGGUGUGGACAGGGUGGAGAUGAGCUGUGGGCACGCAGUGGACCCAGAGAACCUGAAGCUCUGGUGCCUCCAGCUGAUAAAACAGGGCAAGUACACACUCCACUGCCCCGCGGAAGUCAAGGGGAAGAAGUGUGGGGCCCAGUGGCUCUACCCGGAGGUACGCCGCUGCACCCAGCUGAGCGACUCUGAGCAGCAGGAGUUCGAGCAAGGGCUUGCCCAGGCUGCAAUGAGACGCUACUGCAACCUGAAAGUGUGCCCAGGCUGCAGGAGCCUCGUGGAGCGGAAGGAUCCAGCCGAGCUUCGGGUGCAUUGCACAGUCUGUUGCACCAUACGGGGUGUGCCCUACGACUUCUGCUGGCAGUGCAUGCAGGCCUGGAAAGGGCCUAUGUUGUCUUCGAACUGUUGUGGCAAUGAGGACUGCAGGGACCCGAUCCUGCACAUCCUCGCCACCUGUGCCACCAAGGACCUCCCAGACAGCUCGAUCCAAGGUUGCCCUUCCAUCCGGGCCUGCCCCGAGUGCGGGCUGCUCAUCGAGCACAAGGAGCGCUGCAAGUACGUGACGUGCUCCCGGUGUGACACGAAGUUCUGCUUCGCCUGCCUGGAGACGGCUCAGGCCUGCGAGGCUGCCAAGCCAGCCAGCUGGUUUAAGCAGUGUUCCAAGCCACUGGCCCCACGGCAAAGCCACGUUCCUGUGUGGAGCCCGUACCAACAGAGAUUGCUGUUGCAAGGCCAGCUUCUCGAGUUGGAAGCCUUUCGACCGAGAGUUGUUUUUGCCCAGCAGCCGGCGGCGAACGAGGGGAGAUGUUUGAUUUUAUGAAUAGCAUAAAGCAGGCUCUACUCAGUGCUCCCACCUCCGCCUUUCCUGCCUCAGCCUGAAACGUCCUUCCCCUGCCUUGUGUCACCAGCCCUUUCAGAAACAGAGCUGCUGUGAGGAGUU